GCGGAUGAUACUCAGCUAUACGUGAGUUUCAGGCCCGAUGAUGCUAACGCCCAGGAUGAGGCCAUUCGCGCAGUGGAGGAUUGCAUUAAAGAUGUAAGGAACUGGCUUAUUGAAGGACGGCUGUUACUCAAUGAUGAUGAAACUGAAUCUCUAGUUAUUAGAACUCGUCAGCAGUUAAAUAAAUUAAAUCCAUCAGUACAGUAUGUGGUCCUUGGUCGGCGACUAAAAGUCAUGAUCUCGAAUACAUUUACAUACACAUUUUUACUUCCAGACUAGAUUAUUGUAAUAGCCUACUUUAUGGCCUUCCCAAAUAUCAUAUAAGUAGACUACAACGAGUACAGAACGCUGCAGAACUUAUUUAAGGGCACCCAACAUUGUUUCAUCAUGUCUAAGGAUCGUGGAAAGAUGAGUACAGUGAAAAAAAAUAUAUAAAACCGUUCCGGUGAGGCCUUAAACUGCUGUUUACCUUUUUAAAACAGCAGUUUAAGGCCUCACUAGAAUAGUUUUAUGUUUAUUAAUUAUGCUGCUGAAGGACAACAUGAACAGAUUAUAGAGCGUAUUCACUCACGUGGCACGCAUCUAUGCUAAUUUUUAUAAAAUGACAAAGAUAGUACGCGCGCUCUGAUUGGCCGAGAGGAGUGUUUGCAUGAGAGUGUGUAAACAUGGUUGUGGCGUCAAGAUGUUUUGCUUUUCGCGCGCUAAUCACGGUUGUGCCUAAAUCAUACCGUCCAAAAGGACAGCGGAGGAGUACUAUGAACGAGUUUCCGAUUCGGGCCGACUUCGGAAAUUCUCGAAAACAUCCAAUAUGGCGGCUCAAUCGUGGUGAAAACUGACAGCCAAAGGAACCGUUUUAUCGCCAGAGAAGCGUGAUUUACGAUUUUGUUGACGCAGUUUGCGUUUAUUUUGAGUUUUGAAGUGUUUCUCGGUCCUGUAUAGUAAGCAAUCCUUUUAUAAAUGUCUUAUCAAUUUGUCUUGUUUCGCUGGCCGGUAUUACCGAAGAAAAUAGUACCGUCCAACGGGACAUUCUAAAUUAUAGCAACAUUUGUUGGCAUGUACAUCACCUCUAGCUUUCAUCAGGGAACUUAAGAACCACGACGACGACUUUGUCGACGACGACCGGAAGUGAGAUACCGUGCACUGUGCAAGCGCAGUUAACAAAUUUCGUCGUCGUGGUGUCGUCGACGACGCCAAACACAGUGGAAUCACGUCGUCUUGCAGUCCACAAGCUUCGGCAGGUAUACCUCCCUGUUUUUAAGCGAUUUUUCAAGGGCUUUGUAUUUUUUCACCUCGUAAAUCUAGGUAUCCUUUCUUUUUUCUCCUAACAAGCGAUGUUGAUUGAAAAUUUGACUGAUGAAUUGUGUUUACUUCGAAGACAACACUGAGCCUUGCAGGCCGAGCGAGCGAACUCGUAAGUGACAAAUUUAUUUGUACGUAUUUAGGUCAGGCAAAUCAUAUAUCUUUAAUACUUUAUAUGGAAAACAGCUAUCGCAUCGGAAUGUCUCUUUUUCCAAAUCUAAACUCUCACAGACACUCGGACUCGGUCAUGUUAUUCAGGUUGAAAGUUGAAUAACCUUCGUACGAAAAGCAGAGAUUUUUCCAUUCGAAAAGGUCAGACAACACUAAAAAUUCUUCAUCGUCAAUGAAAGUAGACCUACGGCUUAUAAAAUAAGAUCUUGCAUCGUCUUAAAAGACGCCUUUGCGAAAAAACUUUGUUGCGAACGAACAUCACAGUUGUACUACUUCUACAUGUUUGUUUACAUUCAGUGUCGUCGUCGUCGACCUACCGAUCGACUGCAUCUUAAGUUUCCUUUUUCCCGCCGAAACUGACGUUCUCGUUCCAGUCCUUUCCCAGUCAACAGACGUCGUCGUCGUCGUCGUGAACUUCGUCGUGGUUCUUAAGUUAUCUAUUGUCCAACUUGUAAAAAAACCUCGGUUCAACGAUAAAUUUUUUCUUCGUCGGGUUCUUUGUUCGAAUUUGAAAAGAACAUGUUUGAGUUUUUUUUAGAAAAAAGCAUCCGCCCUGCAAUACAAAUUUGCAAUGGCGAAUUAUAUGACUGAUUUUGGGAAUGAGGAAAACAGCCGGCGAAGCAGCCGAGUUAUGCGUGGUCACCAAAUUGAUAGGCCAAAUGUCAUGGCAUUUGAAGCAACUGGCGAAGCAUUUUUGUUGACGGAGUGUAUUAAAAAAUGCGCUGUCCAGGGGCGUGCUUAAGAGAAACUGUCAAACUAACUUGAAAACAUUUGUGGCCGAGAGUUUAUUCUGUCUUCAGUGAGACGUUGCCUUACAGGCCGUGAUUUUACACGAAAAAAGGUGAGACAUUAAUAUGUAUGACCCCCUCAUCAUGGUUAUGAUAAAUUCUACUUCUAUGAACCUAGUCAACGUCUUGGUCCGUUUUAAUCAACUGCUAUGAUAUUUUUGCUCCUUCCCACAUAUCCAAUAUCGACAUCCACCGUUACAUCUUCCUUCUCAGAAAAAAAAAAAAAUUCAGCGGUUUCGAAAACACUUUUUUUUUUCAUUUCAUCUGCGUUGUUGUAAAAAAGAAAAUCUUUGAUGAUUUUCUCCUUAUCCUGUAAAUACAACAAUUAUAUGACCUACAACUGACCGAAUUCCGCAUUCUUUAAUUUUCAAAAGAAUGCAAAUCAAGUGAAUAGCAGACAAUAUUCGUCCAUUCUCUUUUGUAUUGACAAAUUGGAACAAAGAACCUGACAAGGGAAAAUUUAUCGUUGAGGCGAGUUUUUUCACAAGUUGGACAAUAAGAAAGUGAAAAAUACGCACGGGCGCACGUGCAAGAAAACAAAAGUAUAUAUCUAUCUAUAUAUCUCUCUAUAUGAAAACCUUUUUGAAAACAGGUGUAUAUAUAUAUAUAUAUAUAUAUAUGUAAAUUACUAUUUAUGAUAAGAGGAAUGCUUUCAGCUUACAACAAAAGGAAGCGGUACUUGUUACAUUUCGAAUUUCAAAACUAAGAGAGUUAAAACAUUUAGGACCUUGGAAACUGAUGGAGAACUUUCUUAUAUUAGUCCUGCAUUGUGGCAAAUAAAAAUGCUCCGAACUUCUAGUGCCAUAAGAAUGCACGUGGCGUGUCACCAAAAACAUGUUAUUGAAGCUAUAAGGAAGUAAGCCAGAUCUGUUUUGAUACAUAAAUUUUCGUAUUUGAAGUUUGUAGAUACUCUCAAGAUUCAGAAUUUUUAAAUUUUUAAAUAAGGGGUCAGUGUGAACAUCGAAAGCACUCCUCGACAUUAUUCUUACGACCCGUUUUUGAAGUGUGAUUAAUCUUCUGAGGUUUGAUGGGUAGGUCGAUGCCCAGACGCUCACGCAGUAGAAUAAGUAUGGGUAGAUAAGGCUAAAAUAAAGCAUCCGUAAGGAGGAAUUAUUAAGGCAAAAACUUGAUUUAUAAAUUAUACCUAUGGCUUUAGACACUUUCCGAGCAACAUUAUGUAUAUGUGAUUUCCAUGUUAAGUGUUCAUCCAAAAUUACACCAAGAAGAGUGGCUUCCUUAACACGAUCAAUCGAAUAAUUACUAAUAUUAAAAGCUAGAUCAAGUGUUUGCCUGUUUUGUCUCGGUCUGAAUAUGAUAAAAUUAGAUUUCUUAACAUUAAUAGAUAGCUUAUUUGUAUAAAACCAACACGUUAUCUUUUUCAAUUCUAAAUUUGCAACUUCCAUAAGAUAGGAAGCAUCAGUAUGCGAGUAGAAGAUAUUCGUGUUUCUGUCCCAUGAUCGACCGCCAAGUAGGCAUGUAAGCAAAUCCAUGGCACUGUUACAAAACCGUAAGUCACUGUUCCAGGUCUUAAGGGCGAUAUCCUGACCCUGGUCUUUCCCUAGUGAUCCUCGGCCUGAUUAACGCACACCAUGAUCGAAUUUGAAUGUAGCCCAUUUAAAGAGGUCCAAUUUCACUGCAGUUGGUGAGCAUAGUUGAAAAUAUGGUUGAAUUUAGGAACAAGUACAGCACCGGCAAAUAAUGUAAGUCGAACUGAAUCGCGUAUUGUUUAUGAACUACUAAUGCCCCGUUCUGGAUCGUUUUCACUGUCACGCAACAAAUAAUUAAAUUGGAAACCGUCCAGUGGAAGAAGCCAAGAAAAUGACAUGCUAUAAAAGACUAAUAUAUAAACAAUUUAUCCAAGUCUCAGGUCUUUGUGGCCUACAGUUUCUAAGUUAUUUGCCGAAACGUUUCACGCACCUUUGUAGAGCUUUGUAUAGCAUUCCUAUUUUGGUGUCACGCACUGUGAAAACUCGGAAGUUCAAAUUGCUGUAUUUUCCAAAUGAAACAUGCUACGGAAAUGGAAACCUGUACAAAGACUUACUUUUUGUUUAUCUUCAACCUAGUGUAAAUAAGAAUUCGUGAAACCUCGCUAUUUUGACUUAACAAUUUGUUGACGUCACGGUGAAAACCAUCUAUAGGGGACAGUUUUAACACGCGGCCAAUGUUCAAUUCCCUGCCAAGUCGCGGGGGUCGGGGGGCCGGAGUUUCAAUUAACUGAUGUAUUAUACUCUCAAUGAAAAUGAAAGUUAAAUCACAUGAAAUUUUAUCUUUUACUUUGACAAGUAAUGUCUUUAAAUGGUUUGUUUACAGUGCCUUGCUUGCGUGCGAGAACGUGAAGUUUUUUUUAAACCAAAAAAAGUUGUCGUGGAAACGCUGCCUCCAGUGGUGUGAUAUUUCAAUUCAUGCAGUUGCUAACGACGAGUACAAGAAACAGCCAUGUCUUCCUUCCCACGUUUUACAUAUGUCGUCUUGGUGGGAUGUACUCUUAUUGCUAGCAGUCUUAUAUAUAUGCAGGGUUUUAGCAAAGAACUUCCAGCAGUAUACGAGAAAGGAUCGAAGGUGGAUUCGUUAGGCGUCAUUCAGAAGCAUUUUGUUUACCUUGUACAAACGGAACAAUGUCUUCCUUCACACCUUGCAGAAUCGAUUGAUGUCGCUGAAAAUUGCAGUUGUGAUAUCAUAGUGUUAAGCUUUCAAGCAAAGUGCAACAAAUCAAUAAUUCCAUCUCAUACAUCCUACAUAUUUUAUCCACAAACUACUUGGGGAUCAGGAAGAAAUACGCUCUACUUUACGGCCUUAAACAGAAGACUACCCUACCGCUAUUACAUAUUUUUAGAUGAUGACGUCACCUUUAGCUUCAAUAAAAUGACUCCGCCUGAUUUGAGAAAAACUCAACCGCUACGAGUCGUGCAAGACUGGCUUUUAGAAUAUGAACCAGUGCUUGGUGUUUUAGACUAUGCAGUGCAUCAUGGUGCCGAGUGGACUUUACAAAGAAGAAGACAGUUGUGUGGAAUUCACGACACAUCACUAGUGAUGCCAGUGGUUUGGUUCGAUGCUAUUUUCCAUGCUUUCCACCAUAAGGCUGUCGCUCACAUUUUGCCAUACAACAACAAGUAUGAAAAGGAAAGUUGGUGGCUGUCAGCUUUGCAUAUCAUGGCCGUUCUUGGGUUGAAAUUCCGCGGCCAAGCACUUCUGUUUGCAGCCGUGACUGCUAGAAACCCGAAACAUCGCAAAUAUCCUCGUUCUGCUAAACUUUUUGAUGAGAGAUGGCGAAGCUUUAUUGAGGAAAUCCAACGUGAAGUGCCGACAGCUUAUCAAAACUGCAUCAUAUUCGAAGAGCAUAAAGAAAACUUAGUUCAAUAUUCUUUGAACUCGUCAACUUACUGUAUAAAUGUCACCCGUCACCAUCCAAUUGUGCCAUAUGCAUAUUUAGCCCGUGAAAGCUCAAAGCACAAGGUAAUCCUUGAUUAAUCUUCUUAAUGAAACUGUUCUAAAAACUCAGUGAAAUGAAAGCAGUUCAUUAACGUGUUAGGAAUGUAGCCACAUCUCGGGUUGGAAACACCACUGAAUUAGGUUUAGUUAUACGUGAUUGCUCGUUUGCAUUAACUCAGUUCAAUACUAAAUAUUUCAUUUUUUUCAUGAAUAAGUUCCCCAUCUAGCCUUAAUGGUCGAUUAUUAUGUUUUUUCGUCCCAAAAUCUUACAUUGUUACGGUGCAUGUAACUACAUGUAUCAUAGAACAGGAGUUCUUUACAAAGCCUACUGGGCUUACUCUAGGAUGACCUCUGGCGGUGUUUAUAUAAUGUAUUUAUUAUUAAUUACAAUUUUUGGUCGACUUUCCGUCAGCCCGAAUUGCAAGCAGUUUUAAUUUUUUUUUUAUUGUGUAUACUAUGAUAGCAAAUUUUUAACAAUAUCAGAAUACUGUUAGUGUAUUUCCUUUGAUGCAAACUCUUCUUGGUUGUUAAAGUGUUUCUGUUUUAUUUUUUUUCUUUCUCGUUCAUUCAGUUUACCAAGCACCGAAAUACAUUAAUGGCAGAAGACUGAUUUUAAUCAGUACAACACCACCGAUGGAAAUCGAGUAUACCUACAGUAUACUACUACAUGAUAAAUUUCUGCAAUUUGAUUGGCUUAGAGCAGUGGUAUUUCAGCUUAAUUUGAAAUACCUACAUGUGAAAAUUACAAACCUUUUGCUGGUAGUAGUAUAAACAAAUAAUAGCAUGAUUUGUAUGUGAUAUUUGGCAUAAACACCACUUGUGAUAUUUCAAAAUUGAAAAAAUCAAAUUUCACUCGCCUAACGGCUCGUGAAAUUAUUUAUAGCAAUUUCGAAAUAUCACGAGUGGUAUUUAUGCCAAAUAUCACUACAAAUCAUGCUAUUACCUAUACUUAUACUACUACAUGAGAAAUUUCUGUAAUUUGAUUGGCUUAGAGCAGUGGUAUUUUAGCUUAAUUUGAAAUACCUACAUGUUAAAAUUACAAAAUCUUUGUGGGUAGUAGUAUAAACAAGUAACAGCGUGAUUUGUACGUGAUAUUUGGCAUAAAUACCACUCGUGAUAUUUCGAAAUUGUCCAAAAUUUCACUCGCCGAACGGCCUCGUGAAAUUACGUAUAACAAUUUGGAAACAUCACUCGUGGUAUUUAUACCAAAUAUCACUACAAAUCAUGCUAUUACCUACACUAAUAUUAGUUGUAUUUAUGUAUUUCAAAUUAAUUAGACAACUUUUUAAUUUAGUUUAAUAUUUACUUAUCUUUAUUCGUACCUGUGUGGACAAUACCAACCGCCUAGUUUGAGAGCGUUUUACGAAUCAUGUAAGGACGAAAAUAUUGAACCAAGAACAAGGUUUAAUCUUUAUUUGUUCUCAUAAUUUUGGUUGCAAGAGCUUUUAAAAAUAACCUGAUAGAAAGGCGUUGAAUGAAAGAGGAAAAUAAAGCGAUUUGAAAUGAACGUUUGCAAAGAAAGGUACGUUUUCAUGGUAACACUUCGUUUGUGCGAUGUUUUAAUUUUUAAUUACAAGUUACUAGAAACAACUUGAAGUUCUUAAAAGCAUGUAAUUUCUCAGUCACUCUCCUUGUGCCGUCUUGUUGCAGUGUUAGUAGGUUAGGGCCAGUGGCAUAAAUCUUAACGCAAGGCGUAAAUUCUAAGAGGUAUAUCAGGAGUUUGAUCAAUAAAGUUAUCAAUAUUUAGACGCUGUAUCUGAUUCCGAAAUUUUCUUCCAAACCGUCCCUAUAUUUUUGUCUGAAAUUUAGAGGAAAUUUUCCGCCCGAACAUUUUCGUAGUUGAAGCACAUAGGUUUUUAGAAUUUCAACAUAUUGUGAUUUGCAUACAGCUAUUUCGAGAAAGGUUGUCGGAAAAAGUGCACGCGACAAUCCCGAAAGGUAUUGUGGGUGGUUUUUAGUUCACUGUUUUUCAAAGAAAUUUCAAACAAUGGCAAGAGAGGCCAUGGACGGAUGUUUGCGAGUGCUAAAGGAAAGCAAUAAAAGUAGGUUCGACAGCUACAGUAUCAGGAACAAUGUAUUGAGCAUAUCCCAUAUUACCUUUCGGGAUUGUCGCGUGCACAGUUUUUCCGACAACCUUUCUAGAAAUAGCUGUAUAUUCAAGGUUAUCGAACGUCAUCUCCCCGGAGGCUCAUUGUCACGCGGAUGAUACCCAGCUAUACGUGAGUUUCAAGCCCGAUGAUGCUAACGCCGAGGAUGAGGCCGUUCGCGCAAUGGAGGAUUGCAUUAAAGAUGUAACGAACUGGCUUAUUGAAGGACGGCUGUUACUCGAUGAUAAAACUGAAUUUCUAGUUAUUAGAACUCGUCAGCAGUAA